AUGGUUGUUACCUUUAUAUUUUACGGCACUCAUAGUUUCAUUCGUGAGAUCAACUCGACUGAAAAUGAAAAAAGUGUGCAAGCGAGGUUGUUGAAGAAGAAAAACUCUACGCUUUUAUCUAAACUGAAUGUCAGAUUUUCGAAAACUGUCUCGAUUAAGAUGCGAGUCCUGAGAAGUCAUGAAGAUAUUGAGCUCUGGAAAGAAAGAAUUUUAGAAAAGAGUUUCGAUUGA